AUCGCCUCAAGGAUCUCGGACUGUAUGCCCACCACGUCCUCGGGCCGCUCUCAACGAGACAACUCCCUUCUCACCAACAGAGUUACUCCUAUCGGUGGCGUUGCAGCUCAAGGUCGAACUCAAAAAAAUGUACCGUAAUGGGACCUGUGAGCUGCAUAAUAAGCUCCAGAAAAGAAAAAAGAAGGGGCUGUUGGGAUCCGAUGCUAACGUGGAGAUCCAAGAGGAGGUAUCUGCUAUUGAAAACUACCUCGCGAUCAACAAAUUGAGUCCAAACCCUCGUAGGAUCAUCCCCAUGUCAACGGCGAAGCAACCUUUUGUCAGUUUCACGGAGCGACAACUAGCCAUGUUCUUUUUCAACCGCGGAGGCGCACUGAGGGCACGGGUUCAGGAACUGGUCGGUACCGUCUGCACAUCCAUGCAGGAUGUUGAGGAGUGGAUAGGAGGAAAAGAACCAGGCUUUCUCAUCAAGCACCUCAUCGUCGAUAUCGAUCCCGAAGACCUGACCAGUCGCCAGAGAGGCAAGGCUGGACACCGCGCUGCGAUCAAGUUGUUAUCCCUUGAUGAUCUCGAGACCCACUUGCAGAUGCUGGACGAUCCAGAGUUCAGACCGGAGACCUAUGCCCGCAAAGGAUAUUUUCACAGGGGGUCUUUACGAACUGACGGAUUCACUAUGCAGCUCCUGUGUUCCAAAGUCAGGGAACUUCUGUCAGUCAAAUACAAGCGGCUGCCCGACGAUCGCCUACCUCCUCGAUUGACUUCCACACUUCACGGUACCAGUGAUUUUUUGACGGAGAUCCGAAACGUUGUCCGAACCAAAGAUGAUGUGGCGAGACUUUGGCCUGGUGUCGAUCCUAAAGAUAUCAAGAUCCUCACCCUUGAUGCAGGACAAGCUUUUGUCGUCGGAGCAUACGCACAUCUUCCACAAUCGGGCAAAGACAAGGAUCCAGUGCAAGGAGCCCCUCCGUCCUUCAAAGGCUUAUUCCCUAUUACCUCUUCCUCGACAACAACACCACAGGAUGUUAUGCAGAGAUUCACUUUGGAACAACAAGCGACCACAACGCCACCAACAAUGAUGGGGCUCGCGAAAGCCCACCACCAUAAUCUUGCUGUUAACCAAAGCGGUGAUGCAGCCUGUGUUCCGAUACAGACGGUGACUUGAGGACGAGAAGCAGCUGAUUCCAGCGGGUCAGUCAGACUCCAUCGCGGACAUCGGGUCCUGUCUUCCUCCUAUUCGAAGUCCAGAGGCGAGCGUCACCAAUUACAUCGAGAUGCUUGAACAAGUCGAGGAUCGACUGUUGGAAUUUUAUAAUGGUAACAAUAAUCGGUUCAACAAACACACUUGGGAUAUGAAGCGAGCCAAGCACAUCGAGUACCAGGCUAUUGCCAGCAGCCUACUCCGGAUUGUUGGUGGCAGCAUCG